AUCCGCAUGUCAUCAACCAAGGCGGUCAGACCAAUCUUGUCACGUAAUCACGCGGAAGCCAAGAGACGCGUGCUCAACUUGUACCGCGCGUGGUAUCGACAGCUGCCGUUCAUUGUCAAAGAAUAUGCAUUCAGCCAAUCUAAUGUUACUGUACCCAUAUUGUACGCAAAACUACGCGAAGAAUUCUACAAACACAAAGACGUAACAGAUCUGCGCAUAAUUGAUAUGCUGAUUCAUCGGGGCCAGAAUGAGCUUAUCGAGGUCGCCCAUGUUUGGAAGUCAGAUACACACCUGAUGGAUUAUUUCCGUGACAAUGUACCUGAGAAACCAAAAGACUUCCUGAGCAAAUUCCUUCGCGGUCAUGAACCCUGA